ACAUAUUGACUUAUAAAACUACACUACACACAUCAGUGAACAGGUCCAAGGCAGAAACACCGCCUUUAUCUGAAUGUCGCUUCCUGAAAAAAAUCAACCGCUAUUUUUCUCUUCGUAACAACCUCCAGUGACCCUGACAGCAGCACAAGGAAUGUGAGACGGCUUUCCUAUCUGUCUAAACAAAUAGAAGGUACAAAGAACGCACUGCUACGCAGCACAGAGAUACUGUUUUCACACAUACACAGAUACACUAACAGUCCCAAGGUGAAGCAGUCAUGCCUCGCAUCGAGAACGACAUCAAACUCGACUUCAAGGACGUGUUGCUUCGUCCCAAACGCAGCACGCUCAAGUCCCGUAGCGAGGUGGAUCUGAUUCGCAGCUUUAAUUUCCGAAACUCAAAAGGCAUUUACAGAGGGAUUCCCAUCAUCGCUGCGAACAUGGACACGGUCGGAACCUUUGAGAUGGCUGUGGCGCUGCAUUCGUUCUCACUUUUCACUGCCGUCCACAAACAUUACUCUACAGAUGACUGGAAAGAGUUUGCGGCGAAGCACCCAGAAUGCCUAGAGAGUGUGGCCGUCAGUACGGGAACAGGCGAGAAUGAUUUCGAGAGACUCGUUGCUAUCUUGGCAGCUGUGCCUCAGAUCCAGUACGUUUGUGUUGACGUAGCGAACGGUUAUUCAGAACACUUUGUGCAUUUUGUCAAGGACGUGAGGCAGAAAUUCCCUUCACACACCAUCAUGGCUGGUAAUGUGGUCACGGGAGAGAUGGUGGAGGAGCUGAUUCUCGCUGGUGCCGACAUCAUUAAAGUGGGCAUCGGUCCAGGCUCAGUGUGUACAACCCGGAAGAAGACAGGAGUGGGCUACCCUCAGCUGAGUGCUGUAAUCGAGUGUGCUGAUGCUGCACAUGGCCUGGGUGGACACAUCAUCUCUGAUGGAGGAUGUACCUGUCCUGGUGAUGUCUCUAAGGCUUUUGGCGCAGGGGCGGACUUCGUGAUGCUGGGUGGAAUGCUGGCAGGUCACUCUGAGAGUGGUGGUGAGACCAUCGAGAAAAACGGCAAAAAGUACAAACUGUUCUACGGCAUGAGCUCCGACACGGCCAUGAAGAAGCACUCAGGAGGAGUAGCAGAGUACAGGGCGUCUGAGGGGAAGACAGUAGAGGUGGCCUAUAAAGGGCCAGUGGAGGUCACUGUGAAGGACGUACUGGGUGGAGUUCGCUCCACCUGCACCUACGUAGGAGCCGCUAAGCUGAAGGAGCUGAGUCGCCGUACAACUUUCAUUAGAGUGACUCAACAACUAAACACUGUGUUUGGGAGCAACGACUAAGACUGAAUGCUGGUGUGGUCUGACAGAUUUAGUGCAUUAGUUAAACUAAAGAGCUAAACGAUGUCAGAUACAUGUCAGGGUUUAGAAUCUAUACGUCUUUUGUCUGACAAUCCCUCACAUCAUGCACACAGAAUCACACAGUGACAAACCUUUACCCAUAGUAGUGUUUUGGUUGUGACUAUCAGGGCUAAGAGAAAUUCACCUGCUUAGCCUUCACAUAAAUAAACUCUUCAGAUUAACUUAAAAAUCUCUUGAGAAUGUCAACAUUUUAUCUUUACUAGUAGUGUUCCUUUAAUUUCAUUUACUGGGAAACAUUUAAAAUAGAAACGUAUAUAUAGUGAAGCACUCACUGACUUCUAUAACUGCUGUUACUUCAUUGACACUGUGUCUUAAAGCCAAAUCCUGUUAAAAAGCCUUGUGAUUUCUUCCAUUUAUUGUAGUAACAAUUUUAUUAAUGUACUUUUAUUAUUGACCUAAUGUACAUAGGUCAGGUUUUAAUUAAUUAUCAGUAGUGUUUUCUGGUUUUCUACUAAAUGGACCAAAUCUCCGACAGCACUUGUUACCGUUCCACAUUUAUUUUAAUUACUUUUGUCCUCUAUGCACUGAUGAAUAAAGGAGAUGACAGUC